UCGAUUUUAUAACAAAAAGCAGCGCAACUUGCGGGUGGACUAAAGUUUUAUUCUGAACUGCUGACCGGUUAGGAUCAGUCUUGUCGAAGCCGUCCCAGGAAACGGUUUGAAGAAAGGAACAGUGAGUGUAAAUUCAACUUACGAUGAAGGCAUUUUUAGUGUGUUUGCUGCUGGCCCUGGCCGGACAAUCGUUGGCCCAAAGCCAGGAUGAGUUUGUCGAAUACCUGCUGGAGCUUCAGGCUCAGGCUGAAUCCGUGCAUCAAAUCAUGGAGGGUACGUUCGACAACAUGCGUUUCACCAUGAGCGACCAACUGAUCGAACUGAACCGAGACCUGAUUUCCCGCAUGAACACCGCUUUGGUCCGAAUUGAGGAAAUCAAGGAAAGCACCGAAGCAUUUGUGAGUGAAUCGGACGCCCAGCAGACCUGCAUCGAUGUGGCCAUGGCUAACUGGGACAUCGAAAUCGAAUGGGUCGGUCAGGCUCUGCAGCGUUGCGCCACUCAGGCCAACCUGGAUAUUACCCGUGCUACUGCCGAUGUUCAUGGGGCCAUUGAGGAAGCUCAGGCUCAAUCAACCGAACUGCAGAACAUCGUGGUGCACGGAUUCAUCGACUGGAAUGCGAUCGACUACACCGAAUCCAUCUCAACCAUUGUGGGUGCUCGCAUCCAGCAGAAGCACGAAUACUUCGCUAAUGUCACCGAGCCGGCACUGGAGCGUAAUCUGCAGGAAAUUUUCGAUCUAACCACCGAGAUGCUGCCCCGUAUCUCCACCUGCAUCGAUCGCGGUGUGGAGCGUUUCAACAACUACGCUCGCGUCAUCCGCGAUACGUUGUUCUUCUGUUAGUUAGGGGUAGAGCAUUACGUUCUUUUCUCUCUUGUUAUGUAAUGUCAGCGAUUCGGAAAUAAAGUCUACAAAAUCUUAUCUCAGUGUA